AUGGCUACUGAUGCUCCAUUAAAACAAUGUUUAGAAAAUAACGAUAAUGACCCUGACGAACAGAACAGCACGUUGAAUGAAGAAGACGUGUCGAUAUAUUUUAGAGGUACACAUGAAGUCCAAGAAUGUCUUGAAGGUCAAGGUGAAGCAGAUCUACAUACAUUCAACUCUAGUUGUACAAAAAAUCCUGGCCAUACCCAGUUUAUACCAGUUAAAACUUUAACUUUACGACAUUUUCCUUCUGGUUACCAAGACAACGACCUGUUUGAUUUAAUCAAAGCCAUGUCUGACGUCACGGUUAGGUUAGCUGUUAGAUUCACCAGUCUUGAAAGACCAGAGUUUAUAUCUGGGACUACAGACCCAUAUCCUUUUUAUGACUCAAGAGGAAAGGACACAUUGAGGACAGGGACUGGGAGGGUGGAUCAUGUCGACAGGUACUCCGAGGAAACUCACAACAUGACAUGUCCAUGUCCUGAAUGUGUGGAUUCCCCACACCCAGCAAAGUGUGGUGGAAGAUUUGAUUCUUUUCAGGGGCGGAACUGCAAUACUGUCAGACCCCGCAAUGAGGAAGGGGUGGGGGAAGUUUAUGGGCCCAAAAUGUGA